GUAACCAACAAAUUGGAAAUAAAUUGAGCAAUGAAGGUAAAGAUGAUCGCAUCGCAACAACAAAUCACGAGAAUGAAACCACCCCAUUUGAUGACGAGGAGAGCACUGAAAUUCAAGGAGCAAACGAGAUAGAAGUCACUAACAAAUAUGAAACCAUGCUGAACGAAAACGUGGAAAUAAAUCAACAUACAGGCAAUGGAAACAAAAUGAAAGACCAGCAUGAAUCAGAGACCGCAAAUGAUGCUAGUGAUCCGUAUCCCAGCCUGAAUGAUAAAGAGCAAAGCGGACAUAGUAAAGAUAUUUCGAGUGACAGCAAUGAAGCAACCAGCUAUUCUUCCAACGAAGGACAAAUCAUUCGCCAACAUAAAUUCUACGUUCAUGGCGUAUGGCUAGCCGUGCAGAGUCCCUACUUCCGUUCCUUGUUUGACUCGGGAACGAAGGAUUCAAGUGCGCCCGAAGUUCAUGUCCAGAUCUCGGAAAGUGAGGAACAAACUCAUUUGAUGUUACUGGAAGCAAUGUAUAAAAUUGAUACGUUGGAUAAUGCUAGUGUUGAUGAACUUCUCGACGUUUUGAGACUUGCUCAGAAAUUCGACGUCCAAUUUGUUUUCAAGAAGUGCAAAUACUGCUUAGAGACCAUGGUGGACUCCGUUGAAAUUUGUGAGAAGAUUAUACGCUUUAUUAAAGUUGAUAAUGCAAUUGCAGACGUUGAAGAUCUUGAAAAGACGCUACAGUCCUUUCUUGCAAAAGAAUUCAGCCCUUUGGAUAUAACAUGGCAGACAACACGUUUUACAGAGCUGUGCGAGCAUUC